AUGCCCUCUUCGACGACGACCCCAGAAUUUACCGCGUUUUCUCGCGUUAUUUCUAUCCCGCUUAUCCAGUCUUCCCUUGAGGCUGUUAGCCAAGCGCUGGCUACCAACGCGUACACCAAAUCUCCGUAUUCGACUGCCAAGGACCUCUCCACUUCCGCCUACAAGUACACCGAGCCUAUCCAGACUCGCCUCGCGCCCUAUAUUGCGAGUGUAGACGGUUACGCGAACAAGGCGGUCGAUGUCGUUGAGUCCAGGUACCCUUACGCUUUCACAGCAAAGCCGGAGGAGGUCGUCGAACUUGUUAGAGAGCGCAGGGCCAGUGCCUCGAAAGCUAUCGACGAGAAGGUCAGGCAACCAGCUUUCCAUGUCGUCCAAGGGAUUGACCAGCAAUUCACGCCUAUCCUGAACUACGUUGAAGGGGCGUACACCCGGAUCAGCCCUGAAUCCCAACCCUCCUCGCCGACCGAAUCCAAAUAUCAGUAUCAACGCGCUCUCGCCCUUUCCAAGUCCAUCAAGGACCAACUUUACGGUUAUUCCAACGAGCAAAUAAAGCAGAUCCAGGCACAUUCAGUUCUCGUGCAAAAGGCAACGGAGACAUCACAUUCAAUCAGUGUUCUGGCAUCUUCCUCUAUAACCAACGCCCAGACUCGCAUUCAUGCUCUCUCAGACAACAUGCUGGCUGAACUCCAAAAACUUCAGGCUUCUUCUACAGCCCUGGCCGCCUCACUUCAAAACUCUGCCACUUCUACCCUGCACAACUCCACGACGCAGCUUCAAACUCAGAUCCCGCCUCACGUCCAGGAACUCUACCACGACUUCUCACAGCGUUUGACUACCACAAUCACUGACCUUCGCACUAUUGUGUCGGACAAGGACAUACCCUUGCCAGAGAAGGUCGGUCGCGUUGGGGCUGAGGUGAGGGAGCAGGUGUCGCCGUUGUUGGAUAAUUUGAAAGCGACUGUCACGGAGCUCAUUGCUCGGGGCCGCGCUGCAGUCCCUGGGAGCCCUUCUCUAACUACAGUAAAUGGAGUUAACGGCCAUGCCCAAUAA